AUGAAAACGCUGUAAAUCAAAACAAAUACUCCAGAAGGUAUAAUUCUCCACGUGAAUGAAUAGAUUCGUCCAUAAAAAUGGCAGCGACCAUGAAGAAGUCUGUUGCAGUAGAAGACGUGAACGUCACCUUUGAAGACCAACAGAAGAUUAACAAAUUUGCUAGAAACACAAACCGGAUGACUGAACUCAAAGAAGAAAUAGAAGCAAAGAAGAAAUCUCUUCAGAACUUGGAGGACGCCAGUGAUGACAUCAUGAUGUUUGAUGAUGACACCUUACUAAUUCCGUAUCAGAUUGGUGAUGUCUUCAUUAGCCACACCCAGGAGGAAACACAGGAUAUGUUAGAUACUGGGAAGGAACUGCUAAAAGAAGAAAUCAAAGCAUUGGAGGGCCGGGUAGCAUCAAUUCAGCAAAUACUGUCUGAUCUCAAAGUUCAACUCUACGCCAAGUUUGGAAAUAACAUAAACCUGGAAGCUGACGACAGCUGAAGCCCCUGUUCUGUGCUUGAGAGAGAUGAACUUUUCAUGCAGAUAACACAUCAAAAUCCCCAGAAUUCCUAUGACACAGAGAGUUUAUAGAACUUUUUUUUAAUGGUCCUCUUCAAAAUGCAUACGUAGAUGUUUUCUUUUUUCUAGAAAAUAACAUUUGCUUAUUUAUUGUUUUUGCAUGAAAACAGGAGAAAUCACAGAGUGGUAGAGCUUACAGCAUUCGUUGACAGUGUAUUUGUUUGCAAAACACACAAUCUCAAUAAAAGCCAAUGUAUAGUGA